AUGAAACCAACCAUUGGAUGGUCAUCAAGGAUUUUCGGUUGUGAUGUUGAAAACGCUAAGGCAAUUCAAUUCACAAUUAAGCUGGUUAUUAGAAAAUCAGAUGGGAAAAUAUUGUACGCUCAAGGGGAUCGUGAAUUUGCAGACUUGCUUUUAAGUUUUCUUACAUUUCCUUUGGGAGGAGUUGUGCGUAUGUUUGGAGGAAAGUGUUCUUUGGGAAGUAUUGAUGCUUUGUACCAUAGCAUAGUUGAUUUAGAUGAAAACAAAUAUUUUGUGACAAAAGAAGCCAAGAACAAAAUUGUUGAUCCUCAUUUGGCCCCACAGUUUAAUAUGAGGAAUCAGAUUUUACCAAUUCGUCAGCCACGUGAAAAGUUUUAUUGUCAUGACGAUUAUGACAUAACUUGCAAAAAUAUAGAUUAUUUUGAUUGUACCAAAAAAGUCGUGUUUUUUUCAUCUUUUGAUGGUUAUGUGAAGGGAACAAAAACCUACGUUGCCACAGAUGACUUGGUUGUAAAAGAGUCGUCUCCAACUUCAGUUUUAAACUUAAUCAACCAUUUUCGAACUCCUCUUAAUGACUUGAAGGAAAAGGUUAUCAACAUUGGUAUUAAUGAGUGUCUAAGCAUAUUGAAGGCAUCUUUAACUUCAACAGAAGCUCUUACAAACGGUCUGGGACACUUGGUGACUGAAGUACAAGAGGGGAAACUGAGAUCUGUCAACAUAUUUUAA